AAGGGACGAUGCAACAAACGGAUUGUCCGGUGCUCUCGGGACUCCCCGUCCAGCCCCUUGCGAGGGAGACGUCUGCAGCCAACGAGGGAACGUCCACGUCCGUCUUUGUAGUGCCUGGGGACCCAGCCUCUCUCCCCGCCAUCUCAGACUCACCGGGAGGCCCCAGCGCCGUGGGUUCUGCUCCUCCGUCUUCAGCUGGCGAGAGAGUUCCCAUCCCACCUGUAGCUACAGAAGGAAGAGGGGACGCGGCUGGUUCCGCAUCCGCAGCCCACGAGGAAACCACCGCCUCUAACCCCGGUGCCCAGCAUGCAGAGGUGAGUCCAGCACACGGGGCAGAGCUGCCCCCAGGCGAAAGAGGCACCUGGGCCAAUGCUGAGACCUCCCCAUAUUCGUCCUUAGGGGAUGGGAGAGCCACAGGAAUACACGCGCCGUCGGGGGAAACAACCCCAGCUGCCUUUGCCUCUCCCGGUGAAACUGCUGCUGGGCCCUCAGCUUCACAGACUGCACGGCCAGGACCUUUGUUUUCUAGUGCCCCGGUGCCCUCCCCCUCCUCUCCCGAGAGGCCGACAGUACUUGGGCCCGCUGGGGUUACGAAAGAAGCAGCCCUCUCUGCCGGUGACUCAGGAGUCCCCGCGGCAUUCCCAGGACUGGAGGCAGUGACCGGGCGACCACUAACGACAGUACGGCUGGCCACCUCUUGUACUUCCGCUGCCACGGGAUCCCACGCCCCUUCCCUCCAUUCGGAGAAGGGGAAAACGCCCCCAGAACGGGGGGCUAAUCUGGGUUUGGCUGGUGCGUCCCAUGUGCCAGCUGCCACCACUCCAGCACCCUCCAGAGGACGGGCAGCAACACCGUUCCCCCUCUUGGGAACAACAGCCCCUCCGUCCGAUACUAGAGCAGGGUUUGACCAGGAGAGAACAGCGUCGGUGUCAGCUGGGACCAGAGAGGCCACUACAAGUGGGACAGGACAGUCAGCAACAGUUGCAGCCGUGCCACUGUAUCCAUAUGGAGCAAAGGAAAGCGAUAAGCAAUACGUGGAGAGAAGAGUGGAUUUUAACUCCCGUGUCUUCAAACCCGAGAUUGGGUUCCCAUUUGGGAAAACGCUGCGCGAUUCUCUCUACUUUACAGACAACGGACAAAUCGUUUUUCCAGCCUCAGACAGUGACAUGUUCCCAUCUCCAAACCCACCUCCCGGAGGAUUUACCGGCCGUGAGAAAGUACCAAUGGUUGCUGUGUUUUGGGCUAACGCGGAUUUCUCCAAAGGCGUUGGCACCACGUUUUACCAGGAGUUUGUUACUCGGGAUUCUGCCGAACACCCGUUUGUCCGAGACGUGGAGGCCAAGAUUCGGCGAUACCUGAAGACUUCGUACUCUGCAAAAUGGACCCUUAAGAUCACCUGGGAGAAGGCCCCAGCCUAUCCAGCAUGGCAACCUGUCACUCGGACAAACACGUACCAGGCUGUGCUCACCACGGAUGGAAUCAAGUCCUACGUCCUCAUCCUUUACCAAGAUGGCGGCAUGCAAUGGGAUUACCCCAAGCUGGGUUUGACCAACGUGCUGAUGGGCUACUCCAGCGGGGAUGGAUUUUACCGAAAUGACGAUCUGACCCGAAGGCCCCCAGCCGCCAAAUAUCGCCCCGACCAGUUCAGAGGCUACAACACAGAUCUGCGUGGGCUGUGGAUAUACAGUCUAGCCAGUCAGGUGCGUGUGAACUACAGACUGAGGUGUCUGGCCUGGCUUCGCACGCAGCAAGAUCCAGCUGGUUGGAACAAGGAUCUGCCGUCCUGCCCUUGCUCGCUGCGAGACGGAGCGUUGGAUCGGCACUACCGACGGAGCAGAGGAGGUUUGGCGGACGCCCGUGUGACGAUGCUGUAUCCAGCCUCCCCGAACCAAUACGGCGCCGGGAUCCGCUGUCUCUACAACAGCCAGAGCGAGCUCGUCGACGGGCGGCAGGAGAGAUCCUGGAAGGACUCACGCCAAGCGUCCCCUGACCGCGAUGCAGAGUUAAAGUUGCACGACUGGUGCUGCCGGCAGGCGGGGAGCCCCCAGCUCUGUGCUAAGUACAAUCAGAAGAGACCAAAGAUCGGCUGUGCUGGAGACAGGCUGCCAAACCAAACAACGUCCUCAGAAGAGGCAGCGAGCUCCUCCGAGGAAGGAAGAGAUUGAGAAUCCAUCUGCUCCAGGCCUUGGCGAUUCUCCACGGCCAGCCUCGCUCCUCUGACGCUUUGCUAAAUGGGACCGGUAAAGAAUCUCUAAUGCGAUCUGAGAUCUCCUCCGCGGAUGGUAGGGCUGAAGUGUUCCUGAUUCGCAGAGCUGGUGGGACGCUUGGGGGGAAAAUCCGGCGGGUUUUUGUAAGAGGGCGUCCGUGUUACCCCAAGAGCAAUUCCUGUUUGCAAAUAAAGACUUGGAAGAGUA